UCUCAAGCUCAAUAUAAUAGAGAAGAAGCCAGAAACAAGAAUACUGGUCUCUAUCACUUGCUGGUGGGCGGUGGUGGAGGCGUAUUCUGCCACCACUUUCUCCGGCGAAAAGCUUCUCCGCCAAUCAAGAUUUCUACUUAAAACACAAGGUGAUUAAAACUUAUAUACAAAGAGAACACACAUAUUGAUGUAUAGAAGAUCAGUUCAUUUUCAUUUUUAACAUGGCUGUAUAUAUGUGUGUAUGUAUAUAACCCUAUCCAUUUUUUCUGUCUUUUCCGAUUUGAGGAAAAGAGAUUUUCCUUUUCCAUUUCCCUUCCCUUUUACUUUCCCUCAGGAUCUGAUCAUUCUUUGACAAUUUAAGUGUCAAAGUUUUCCCGAGGAAAACAUUUUCGGUCCUAAAAUUCUUUCUUUUAGGGCUUUAAAAUUUGCAAGAAACUGACAAGAAAGCUUCAAAAAGGUUUUCCUUUUCUUUUCACUUAUUGUUUGUAAACAAGGGUAGGAUAACCAGUUCGAUCGGUGAAAUUUAAGGGCUUCGCUACAUAGACGACCGUCGAGGUACAAAGCUAGAUUUGAAACAUGAAUUCUUUUUCACACGUACCUCCUGGUUUUAGAUUCCAUCCUACAGACGAAGAAUUGGUUGAUUACUAUCUUCGAAAAAAGGUCGCUUCGAAAAGAAUUGACCUAGAUAUCAUAAAAGACAUCGAUCUUUACAGAAUUGAGCCAUGGGAUCUUCAAGAACUUUGUAGGAUAGGAACCGAAGAAAGAAAUGAAUGGUAUUUCUUUAGUCAUAAAGAUAAGAAAUAUCCUACUGGAACUCGUACGAAUAGAGCUACAAAAGCAGGAUUCUGGAAGGCUACAGGAAGAGACAAGGCAAUUUAUUCUAAGCAUAGUUUGAUUGGCAUGAGAAAGACCUUGGUAUUUUAUAAAGGCCGAGCCCCAAAUGGACAAAAAUCAGACUGGAUAAUGCAUGAGUAUCGACUUGAAACAAAUGAAAAUGGCACUUCCCAGGAAGAAGGAUGGGUGGUGUGCAGGGUUUUCAUGAAGAAAAUGGUAACUACAAGGAAGGAGGGAGAGAAUGAAUCCCUAUGUUGGUAUGAUGAUCAAGUUUCUUUCAUGCCAGAUUUUAAUUCCCCGAGGCCGGUAUCUCAACCUUAUACUAAUUCAUAUCAACCUCACUACACCUGCAAACAAGAACUCGAGUUGCAAUACAACAUGCCUCAUGAUGCAUUCCUCCAGCUUCCCGAAUUAGAAAGUCCGAAAAUUCCACAAUCCACAGCCUGUAGCUCACUAAUCCCUUACGGUAUUUUGCAGUCCUCAACACUUGGACAGGAAGAAAAUAUGCAUCAAAAUAAUCAAUUGCACAUUAGUGAGAAUUACUGCAAUGAUCAAGUCACUGACUGGCGAGUUCUCGACAAAUUUGUUGCUUCUCAGCUCAGCCAAGAUGAUGCUAGAAAGGAUAAUGCUUAUUCAAAUGAGCAGUCUGAUCAAGUUUCGGAUCCAAUGAGCAUAAUGCAGAAUGAUUUGAAGGCACAAAAUAUGGCUGCAGAACUUGCCUCAGUUUCCACCUCCAGUUCCCAAGUUGAUCUGUGGAAGUAA